UCGGAUCAACAGGAAGCGUCAGCCUUAACAAUGAAGUCGAGCGUGAAGCCCGUGGGUGUGUGACAGCAUGUCAAAGCAAAAAGCACCCGAUAAUCAUCAUGCUUUCAUUCUGAACGGAACAUUCACAGUCAGAACCUUUGUAAUCGACCCAGCAUGGCUUCGUGGUCGGUAAAAAUGAUGCAGCUUCUGCGUCGAAUGAAUAACUUUCAUUUACCAGGUUCCAGUUUAGAAAGCUGUCUACGUUUCGAGGUGGCGGGGGAGCAGGUGGGAUGGAUUCCCCCAAAAGUAGCGUCAAUUCUUGGGCGUUUUCCUACUGUCUUUAGACCAUAUGGAAGUGCUAUAACCCUAUGCUCCGGUCUGGACACAUUUGAGAGCAGAUCAGAUGCUGUGGAUGAGGUUUUGCAGGAGUUAAGGAGAGAGGCAACCUUCACCUGUCUCAUAGGAUGGAGAAAUGAGCAAUACGCAGUGAUGCCCAGGUAUUGCGACCCUCCGUUUAUGUAUAUGGAGAGAGCAGCAACAAGUUUGUUUGGAGUAAAGCGGUACGGAGUCCAUGUCAAUGGCUACACAAGGGAUUCCAGUGGCAAUCUUAAUAUGUGGCUGGCACGACGAUCCCUGACCAAACAGACGUAUCCCGGAAGACUAGACAAUAUGGCAGCAGGUGGGCUGGCAGCAGGCUGUAGUGUACGGCAUACCAUGGUAAAAGAGUGUGAAGAAGAGGCCUGCAUUCCUCCAGGUCUGGCAGAGCAAGCACGUCCCGUGGGAACUGUGAGCUACACCUACGAAGAUGACGAAGGAAUUUUUCCUGAGUGCCAGUUUGUGUUUGACUUGGAGUUGCCUCUCAGUUUUAAGCCUCACAUCGGAGAUGGAGAAGUACAAGCGUUUUACUACUAUCCCAUCGAGAAGGUGAAAGAUCUCCUGGUCAGUGAGGAAUUUAAGCCAAACUGUGCCAUGGUGGUACUGGACUUCCUCAUCAGACAUGCCAUCAUUGAGCCAGACUCAGAGCCCUACUAUCACGAAUUUGUCGCUGGAUUGCACAGAUCAUUAUGAAGACUGAUUGUUUCACAUCGUGGACCUGUAACACUGGUAUUUUAGUUACCUACCUCCUGUUUUAACUUAAAACUGUCUUAGCAUGCCAACUUGUGUUUACUUGAAACCACGCCUUCAAUGGCUUAUAUGGUGAGAUGAUAAGGUACUUGAUCAAAUGAAAACCCAUGCAAAGUUACUCUAUAAGAAUUUAUUUUUUCAAUACAUUUCAAAUGAGUCUGUGGAAAUCCGAAGAUGCGCUGGUAUACAAAAGAUAACUGAUGCAUCAAAGACUCUUAUUUUGUUUUCUUACAAUGAAAUGCAAAAUCUAUGAAAUUACUUGCAUUCAAUAACAUGGCAUUAAACGUCUCUCUCACGAUCACA